AUGAGAUUGCCCCGUGUCUGGAUUUGUGGGAAAAGACACGCCUCUGGCCAAGAAACUCUACUCGUAAUCACGCGCAAGGACGCGCAAGCGUUGUAA